AUGGCGAACAACUUACGCUUGAGCGAACUGUUCGAUGUUACAGGGCGCUGGGUAGCGAUCACUGGUGCAGCUUCCGGAAUUGGUCACAUGAUCGCACGAGGUUGCGCUGUUAAUGGAGCAAAUACCAUCUUGAUGGAUGUCAACCUUCAGGCUUUAUUAAGCGUUCAGUCUGAGCUAGAAAACAUCUCGCCUUCCUCAAAAAUCAUCGUCAUCCAUGGCGACUUAUCAAGUGAGGAUGGGAUCAAGGGAGUUGUAGAGAAAGUAAAGUCGACGCAAAGUUCACUUGAUGCUCUUAUUCAUUGUGCUGCGAUUCGGUAUAUGAAUGAAGUCACUUACGUUCCAGGUGAUGGCCUGGACAAGCUGGAAGCCGCAACGUUGUCUGCACCAUAUCAAGGCUGGGAACACACUUUUAGGUUGAACGUUCUCGCGCCAUACUUCCUGACCGCUGGAUUAAUCAAACUUCUCGGAGCAGCAGCCGCAAAGGGCGAGGGAAGGGGUUGUGUGAUCUUGUUUAGUAGCCCUGCUAGUGUUCACAACCACCAAUUUGUUCCUUGCUAUCAGACUUCCAAGGCGGCAGUGGAUCAUCUUGUCAGGAUAAUGGCAGCCGAGUUUGCCGAUUACUAUAUCCGAGUCAAUGCCAUGUCCCCUGGCAUAGUUCCUUCUGGCAUGACACCAAGUGAUGGUAAAUCGAACCUUAGUCUCGCGGCUAAGACGCCAGCGGGGCGAGCUGGCAACGAAGAAGAUAUGGUUGGAAGUGCAUUGUGGUUGAUUAGCAAAGCUGGCGCUUUCAUGGAUGGGAAAGUCGUCCGAAUGGAGGGUGGACGCCUGCUUAUUCUAAAAGGUGUCACAUCGAAUUCGGACUGA